GAGAUCAAGCGAUUACAGGAUCUCAAAAGCCUUCCUUUACAUAUGGUGCAGGAAAGUUAUGUCAUCUAACAAGAAACAAGAGUCCAUCUGAGCUUCUGUUUAGCCAGUUGUCUUGUGGGGGUGAGGCUCUAAAAACCGUGUAAAAGAUGUGUCCAAAGUACAGUCUGGAGUUCUGUUUUGGGGAGCAGACCUCUGUGUACAGGGUUCCACCUCUGAACAGGAACUCUGCAGGCCCAGAGACUGACAUGCUGUCCAAGGACUGAUCUUCUGUAAUAUGCAGUAGGAGGAGCAAGUAAAAGCAGUUUUUCUACUUCUGGAAAUGCAGGUAUCUGUGAUGUGUGAGUUCUAAUGGAAGGUGACAGUUAUACAUUUGUUGGACAUUCUCUUAGUGGAUGGCUGCUUUGUGUUUCAACAAUGAAAUUUGCCAUAGAUGUUGUUAUUUGCGAACAAUCAAAAUGAAGGGCAAUCCAGGAUGGAAAGCAAUAACUUUUUUCUUGAUUGUAAUGUUCUGUUUUGGAAUGUGCUGGUUCCUACACAUGGAACUUUACAUGCAAAGAUCAUAUCCCAGUGUUCACGAGAUGUGUAUUCCUGGUGAUGCAGCAUCCAAGGCAGAGAUCCUGAUUAGCAAUUACUCAAGGGAUCAUCCUGUCUUCCUACAACUGAGUGAUUAUUUUUGGGUUAAAAACAAGUCUAUAUAUCCGCUGCCUUAUGGCACAAAUGGAAGUGAGGAACUGCUGAUGAAAUUUCUGGCUCUCACAAAUCACUACCAAGUACCAGAGGAGAUCAGACGACUGCCAUGUCGGAGAUGUGUGAUUGUUGGUAAUGGGCACCUUUUAAAAAACAGUUUAUUGGGAGAAACUAUCAAUAAAUACGAUGUUGUGAUCAGGUUAAACAAUGCUCCAGUCCAUAAAUAUGAAAAAGACGUGGGCAAUAAGACAACUAUGCGCCUUUUCUACCCAGAGUCUGCUGAUUUUGAUCCUGAGCUGGAUAACAACCCAGACACUCUGUUGGUGUUGGUGCCAUUCAAGCCUCUAGACAUCCAGUGGAUGAAGAUAAUCUUAAACAAUGAGAAAAGGGUCCGUAAAGGUUUUUGGAAAAUGCCUCCUAUCAUUUGGGAAGGAGAAGCUGAAAACAUUCGCAUCUUAAACCCAUAUUACAUGGCAGUUACUGCUAUACAGAUUCUUGAAUCUGAAAAUAUGACAGCGAUACCCACAACAGGGAUGUUGGCCAUGACAUUUGCUCUUCACUUCUGUGACAUGGUUCACAUAGCCGGUUUUGGCUACCCUGCGCUCACCAAUAAAAAGCAACCCAUUCACUAUUAUGAGAAGGUGACCAUGAAGUCUAUGGCUGAGACUGGGCAUAACAUUACCCUGGAAGCUCAAGCAAUAAAACGUCUUCUUCAGCAAGGGAUUAUUUCCAAUUUGACUUACUUUUAAAUGUGUUCAUCUCACACUUUGGUCUUUUGGAGAAUGUAAACCUUUGGCAAUACCUACUACAGACUUAAGGUAGAUUCUGUAAUGCCAUGGAGUAUAUGAAGACAUAAUCCAUAGAAUGUCCCCGGUGGAUACGUUUGUAAUCACUGUGGACCAAAUAAAGACAACGUACAUUAGUUUGAACCCAAAAGGUUUUCUAAAUACUUUUCUUGGACUUGUUUUUUUUAACUCAACAGUCAUUUUCUAAAAAAAAAGGAACAAGAAAAAAAUCAACAAUUUAAUAUUUAUUUGGAAAUGUAUGCACUGGUAUUGUCAAUACCAAUAAUUCAUGAAGAGGACUUGUCAAGAAGUGAUGACUGAGGAUCAACACAAAUGAAUUACUGAAGUACUUGUUAACAACCUGAUUCCAAGUUUAUUGCACAUUUUAUUAUUUAAUUGUUUUAUUAUUAUUGUAAUUAUAGAAGAUUGAAUGUUUGGCUCCUGAAUGAGCUGUACAAAGCCAGACAGAGAAUUGUAGAAAAAUAAAUUAAAAAUAAUGAAA